CAGUAUCUGGACUUACAAGCAAUGUCAAACACGUCGGAAGAGGAAUCUCUCAACAACUUCCAGCAGCAGGCGAAGCUAGAAGCUUGUGCGGCUGGGUCAAGCAAAGGUGACACUGUCAUGCCUGUAGUGAAAAAGAGACGAGGUCAUCCAGGAAAUCUAGAUCCUGAUGUGGAAGUAGUGGCUUUGUCACCUAAGACACUGCUAGCAACAAACAGAUACAUAUGUGAGGUCUGCCACAAGGGCUUCCAGAGAGAUCAGAACCUCCAGCUCCACAGGAGAGGCCAUAACCUACCAUGGAAGCUGAAGCAGAGAAGCAGCACCGAAGCUAAGAAGAAGGUGUAUGUCUGCCCUGAGCUCACCUGUCCUCAUCAUGAUGCAAGCCGAGCUUUGGGCGAUCUCACAGGCAUAAAAAAGCACUACUCCAGGAAGCAUGGGGAGAAGAAGUGGAAGUGUGACAGGUGUUCAAAGAAGUAUGCUGUUCAAUCUGACUGGAAGGCUCACACAAAGAUAUGUGGCACCAAGGAGUACCGAUGUGACUGUGGAACAAUCUUCUCAAGAAAGGACAGUUUCAUCACACAUCGAGCCUUCUGUGAUGCAUUGGCUGAGGACAAUUCCAGGGUAAACCACAGCCUUGCUACAAUGGUGGGAAGUCUGCAUGGUCACCAGCAGGAUAUCUUUUCGCAUGGAGUACCUACCUUCUCCGCUUCACCAACUGAUGUGAUAGCAAACUUAUCUAGCAAUGACCAUAAUUCAGACAGUCAUCUGAGAUCUUUGUCCCCUUAUGCUCUCAUUACAAGAAACACAGCAUUGUUCUCCAACCAGAUAUCACCCAAGGAUUCAGGCUUUCCACUUGAUGGAAGCGCAUCAAGCUACCCUUAUAUGCCCAUGAAUUCUCCAUACAUGUCUGCAACUGCACUGCUACAGAAAGCUGCGGAGAUGGGAGCAAAGACCAGCCAGGAUCCUAUAUCACCAUUGCUCCUAAAAAGUUUCCCAAGUAAUGUGACUACUCCUCGAGAUCACAUGGACAUAUCUUCUGGAAGCCAAGGAGACUCCCUUGGGAAUUCAGCAGCUAAUAGUGUUGGCAUCAAAACAGCUGAAGAUGAGGGCUCUUACAUGAAUGGCCGCAAUAACAUUCUGAUGAACUCACCAUGGGUGAGUAGUUACAGACCUACUACAGUGCCUUUAAUUGGACUGAUGAAUCAUUCAUUUUCCAUGAGAGCAGAAAAGGAGAGCCCUGGCAUAUUUCCUGGAAGUCAGAUGCAGCACAGCAGGCAGGAACAUAUUUCAGGGGUAGGAGAUGCUGGACUGACCCAAGACUUUCUGGGCUUAGGAGGCAGCGGUAAUUUGGAGAUGAGUUCUGAGAUUUACAAUGCAGAUGUGACAGCAUUAAGCUAUUCUGAUGAGCAGCAGAAGCCACAGGAACAUAUCUACUCUUACCAUCAGUCAUCUCUUGAUUCCGCUGCACUGGAGAAACCCAUAUGGGAAUCUUAAUGCAGACAUUUUACUUACUCUGGUAGUUCAGCUU